CAAGAAUCCGAUCAUUCCGAUCUCUCUCAUCUUGUAAUCGUGAAACCCUAAACCUCGAGAAAUAAACUGCCCAGAUCUUCACCGAGACGUAGGACAAGCACACCGCUUGAAUCCGAACUCGUAACUCUCGUGUCUCUCUCUUUCUUGAUUUGCAUUUGGUUUGCUUGUGUCUGUGUUCUUUGUUUGCAGGUUGUUCGAUCUAAGUUCGAAAGCAGAUUUCGGCGAAGUAGUGGAGAAGACAGAGGGUGUUUCUUCUACAUAUACAUUCACCCAGACACAUUUCUUUGGUCGAUGUUGAUUGUUGAAGGGGCUUGGAUCUGCAGUCCACUGAUGCUCACUCGGACAAGCAUUUGGGAUGUGUCCUGGGGAGGAAACAACUGUCUGGGCUCGAGUUUCUUGCCAAAGACCGCAGAGAACUUGGAAAAAAGUCCCAAGAUUUUGUGAUUUAGAUUUGAGGUUAAGGUACAAAGUUUGAUCAUUUUCGAGGGUUAUAGCAGCAAUUAUUAAGGGCAUUAGUAGAUGCUUGCUAACUCGAUUCCCAAAGAAGAAGAAGAAGAAGAAGAAGAAGAAGAAGAAGAAGAAGAAGGGUGAUGAGAGGGGCAAAACGGGGAAUAGAAUAAGAACAUCAGCCACUGUUUAAAAUGGAAAAAAAAAGACAGGAGGAGCAAAAAGUGGAGAGGGUCUUACGUUUCAAGGCCACACGCAAUCUGAGUUCUAUUCUUCUCUCUCUCUCCGUUUGGGGACUAAGAAAAAGGAAGCUCCUUUGGACCUGGGCUUCUCCAAAGAUUCUCCAAAGAUCCAAACUUUGACGAUCGAAUACACCGAACACAGGCAAGCCGGUUGAAAUUCGGACAACAGGCGGAGAGAGAGAUGUCGUGUUCAUCCUCGUCCGGAUCAGAGGAAGACGACGAGGGAUUCGACUCUUACCGUAAAGGUGGGUAUCACGCCGUCAGGAUCGGCGAUCCGUUCGCCGGCGGCCGUUACAUUGCCCAGAGAAAGCUCGGUUGGGGCGAGUUCUCCACCGUUUGGCUUGCCUACGACACUCGCACCUCCAGUUAUGUCGCCCUGAAGAUUCAGAAGAGCGCCCAACAAUUUGCUGAAGCUGCACUUCAUGAAAUCGAACUUCUUUCAGCGAUUGCAGAUGGUGACCCCGACAAUUCCAAGUGCGUUGUUCGUUUGAUUGACCACUUUAAGCAUACAGGUCCUAAUGGGCAGCAUCUAUGUAUGGUACUCGAAUUUCUCGGCGAUAGCUUGCUCCGACUGAUCAGAUAUAACCAUGGCAAAGGGCUGGAAUUGAAUAAAGUGCGGGACAUAUGCAGAUGUAUACUCACGGGCCUGGAUUAUUUGCACCGUGAACUUGGUAUGAUUCACACCGACUUGAAACCCGAAAACAUUCUUCUUCGUUCCACCAUUGACCCUGCCAAAGAUCCUGUAAGAUCUGGAUUGACACCGAUAUUAGAAAGGCCCGAGGGAAACAUAAACGGUGGAGGGACAACCAUGAAUCUGAUCGAGAAGAAGUUGAAGAGGAGAGCAAGACAAGCAGUCGCCAAAAUAUCAGAAAGAAGAGUUUCCAUGGUGGGUAUAGCCGAAGCGCCGUCAAAGGCUGGGAGAAAUCUGGAUGGGAUCGAUAUGAGAUGUAAAGUUGUGGACUUUGGGAACGGUUGUUGGGCCGAUAAGCAGUUUGCAGAAGAAAUACAGACGAGGCAGUACAGAGCACCGGAAGUGAUUCUCGGGUCGGGAUACUCGUUCUCUGUUGACAUGUGGUCAUUUGCCUGUACUGCUUUUGAGCUUGCCACAGGUGACAUGCUAUUUGCUCCGCAAGAUGGAAAUGGAUACAGCGAAGACGAGGACCACCUUGCUCUUAUGAUGGAACUCCUUGGAAAAAUGCCUCGGAAGAUCGCCAUUGGAGGUGCUCGGUCCAAGGAUCUCUUCGACAGACACGGGGACCUUAAGAGGAUCCGGAGGUUGAAAAACUGGCCGCUCGAACGAAUACUGAUCGGGAAAUACGAGUUUCCGGAGGCGGAAGCUCGGGAAUUCGCCGAGUUUCUCUGUCCAAUCCUGGAUUUCGCGCCGGAGAAACGACCCACUGCUCGUCAGUGCCUGCAGCAUCCAUGGCUGAAUAAUCUGGGGACGAAUGAGAGGACAGAGCAGGUAAGCACCCAGAUGAGCAACUUGCAGAUCAAACGCUGAAGAAUCGGGACUUUUGUCUUGUCUUUUCGUACAAAAAGACAUUGAUCAGUACGGAUGUCUUUUUUUUUUUUGUCAUUCUUUGGUUCGUUUUGGAUUGAACAAGAGAUUUGAUUAAUCUCUUUCUUUGUUUUUUUUUUCUGGGGUUAUGGUCAUUGGAUUAUUAACCAAUGAUUCCAUAAACAUUACAAGAGAAUUACUAUGAACGAAUCACUAACAAUGAUUUGGAAGCCUUUUUAUGUGCUUUGAACAUUUGUAUGAAUAAAGAAGGUUCCUGUUCGA